UCGCGGCAAAGAACAGUUCUGCAGUGUCUGAGGAUGGAUAAAGACUUCCGCUACUACUUCCAGCAUCCGUGGUCUCGCUUAGUUGUGGCCUACUUAGUGAUCUUCUUUAACUUCUUAAUAUUUGCUGAGGACCCAGUAUCUCACAGUCAGACCGAAGCCAAUGUUAUUGUUGUUGGUAAUUGUUUCUCCUUUGUAACAAAUAAAUACCCUGAAGGAGGAGGCUGGAGAUUUUUGAAGGUGUUUCUGUGGCUGCUUGCAAUUCUCACCGGACUGAUAGCUGGGAAAUUUCUCUUCCAUCAGCGCCUGUUUGGUCAGUUGCUCCGUCUGAAAAUGUUUCGAGAGGACCAUGGGUCUUGGAUGACGAUGUUCUUCAGUACCAUCCUCUUCCUCUUCAUUUUUUCUCACAUUUAUAAUCUCUUCCUCAUUAUGGCAGGGAAUAUGAGUGCAUACAUUAUAACUGACUUCAUGGGCAUCAGGAAUGAAAAUUUUAUGAAGGUAGCUGCAGUUGGGACUUGGAUGGGAGAUUUUGUCACAGCAUGGAUGGUCACUGAUAUGAUGCUUCAGGACAAACCCUACCCAGACUGGGGAAAGUCUGCCAGAGCAUUCUGGAAGAAAGGAAACGUUAGGAUCACUUUAUUCUGGACAGUUCUGUUUACCCUGACCUCUGUAGUUGUGCUUGUCAUCACUACUGAUUGGAUCAGCUGGGACAAGCUGAAUCGUGGAUUUCUGCCAAGUGACGAGGUCUCAAGAGCAUUCUUGGCUUCUUUCAUCUUGGUGUUUGACCUUCUUAUUGUCAUGCAGGACUGGGAGUUUCCACAUUUUAUGGGUGAUGUUGAAGUGAAUCUUCCAGGCUUACCAUCUGCACACAUGCAAUUCAAAGUACCUUAUUUCCAAAAGAUCUUCAAAGAGGAAUAUCACAUACAUAUAACAGGCAAAUGGUUUAACUAUGGAAUUAUCUUCCUCGUUUUAAUCUUGGAUCUGAAUAUGUGGAAGAACCAAAUAUUUUACAAACCACAUGAAUACGGUCAAUAUAUUGGUCCUGGACAGAAGAUCUACACAGUGAAGGAUUCAGAAAGCUUGAAAGAUCUUAAUAGAACUAAGUUAUCUUGGGAGUGGAGAUCCAAUAACACUAACCCACUAACCAACCGGAGCUAUGCUGAAGGAGACAUGUUCUUGCACAGCAGAUUCACAGGCUCUAGCCUUGAUGUCAAAUGUCUGGCUUUUAUCCCAAGCUUGCUGGCUUUUGCUUUGUUUGGUUUCUUCAUCUGGUUCUUUGGGCGCUUCCAGAAAACUGACCAAGGCAUGGAGAAUUUAGACAAAUCAUACACAAGAAUGAAACGAAAGUCACCGUCCGAUAUGGGAAUGACACGAGAAAACACGCAGGUGUUGGUAGAAGAACCGUUAAGUUGUCAAGAACCCCACCUCGUAUCUAUAAAAUCAGACUUAAGCGAAAUCGUUUUUAAUUCUUCUCUCCUAACUUCGGAAAACUUGAACGCACAACUGAACGAACAGGAUAGCCCUUUACAGCCCGUGCCGGAGUCCUCCGUCCCCACGAGCAAUCCUGUGACAUAGGGGCACAUACCCAGCAAACUCAGUUUAAAUCAG